UGGAGUUCCCGGUGCCGGAACAUCGACCACGGCCGGGGGCGGCGGCGGAGGCGGCGCCGCCCGGGGUGGUGGCAGCAGCAUGUACUCCGCCCGGCACUCGGUCAGUUCGUCGUCCGGCGUCCUAAUGGUCGGGCCGAACUUUCGAGUCGGCAAAAAGAUCGGCUGUGGCAACUUUGGCGAGCUGAGGCUGGGGAAGAACCUCUACAACAAUGAACACGUAGCAAUAAAAAUGGAGCCAAUGAAAUCAAAAGCACCACAACUGCACUUAGAGUAUAGGUUUUACAAAUUGUUAGGAUCACAUGAUACACAGUCCCCUCCCGAGGGGAUCCCCCGUGUGUAUCACCUAGGUACGUGUGGUGGCCGUUACAAUGCAAUGGUACUAGAACUGUUGGGACCAUCGUUAGAAGAUCUUUUUACGUUAUGUGGAAGGAAAUUCUCACUCAAGACUGUACUGAUGAUAGCUAAGCAACUACUCCACAGGAUCGAGUAUGUGCAUAGUCGUCACUUAAUUUAUAGAGACGUAAAACCAGAAAAUUUUCUAAUCGGUAGAAGUUCAAAUAAACGUGAUAAAAUUAUACAUAUAAUAGAUUUUGGUCUCGCCAAAGAGUAUAUUGAUUUAGAUACGAAUAAACACAUACCAUAUCGAGAACAUAAAUCGCUAACGGGCACGGCGCGGUACAUGUCGAUCAAUACGCAUAUGGGCAAGGAGCAGUCCAGACGUGACGACCUGGAGGCGCUCGGUCACAUGUUUAUGUAUUUCUUAAGAGGUUCACUGCCAUGGCAAGGUCUGAAAGCCGACACACUCAAAGAGCGAUACCAAAAAAUUGGUGAUACGAAACGGGCGACACCGAUCGAUGUGCUGUGCGAGGGACACCCGGAGGAGUUUGCGAAAUACCUGCGCUACGUGCGGCGGCUAGACUUUUUUGAAACACCUGAUUACGAUCACUUACGGAGAUUAUUUCAAGAUUUAUUCUAUUUUAAGGGUUAUGUAGACGACGGUGAAUUCGAUUGGACCGGGAAGACGAUGCCGGUAAACUUUUACGCGAUGCGUCAACUGCGAAAUGCUCCACCGUCUCACAUUGCCAAGACGAAAUCGGCUAAGUCAACCCCAGUGGGAUCGCUGCAAACCGGCCACGAAGUAGUUGUAUCACCAAACAGAGAAAGACACACACCUGUAAAUAAGGAUGAGGAUUUUUUCAGCUAUUACGAUGAAGAACUAAACGACGAAAUACUACAGAUUAUAGAGGAGCAGACGAAUUCGAAGGGAGGUGUCGCCGCCUGGCCGGACGUGCCCAAACAGACUGGAACACUGGGCAACCUAACGCCAGCCGACCGACAUGGUUCAGUUCAGGUCGUAAGUUCAACCAAUGGAGAAUUGAAUGCCGACGAUCCAACCGCCGGACAUUCGAACACACCCAUCACACAGCAGCCGGAAGUGGAACUGAUCGAUGAAACAAAAUGUUGCUGCUUCUUUAAACGAAAGAAGAAGAAAUCAUCCCGCCAAAAAUGACUAGAAGCAGUGCAAUGUAGUCCGGAACGUGAGGCUGUCAAGCUGCUACGAGCAACGUCACACUCCAACUCGCGCGACAGCGUGCUGAAUCCUAGCCAGGAUUACAUCCAGGCGUCGUCGCAGCAUACGAUCAGAUAUCCAUCCACCUCUGUAAUGGCAUCGACACCGACCGCCACCACGCCGACACUUCCAUUGUAAUUUAUUGCUAACUAUUAUUAUGCUAAUCCAGAUUAAUAAUUAAUUAAUUAUUAAAUUAUUUAUUAUAAUUUACCGCGCGGUGUUGCAUCCCAACAUAUACGAUUGAAACGCGAAAACGCCUUCUGUUCACGACCACGAAUCCAAAAACAAAUACGCCAUUUUGUUGCGUGUUCGGUUCUGUUCUGUACCACAAACCGUAAUCGUGUCGUCGGGUUGAACAUGAUUUUGACGAACCAAACUGCAAACGCGUUGUGUCCCGUCCGAACUCGGAACGUUGCCGUUGUGCGUAUGUGUGCCACAUUCAUCCCUGAAAAAUCCAACCAAUUCGAUUUCAACCAACCACAAUCGCCACAUGUCAUCCCAAAUCGAUACGACGCACAGUGACUUUGAUGAUGACAUUGAUUUCGAUCCCGAUGACCUUACGAUCCUGUUGCACUUUUUCCGCAAACUCUGAGAUUGGCUUUCGAUCUCUAACAAGGGAUCCUGCAGACGACUGCUACUAUCGGCCACUGUCUAUCCGACUCUCAGUAGCUCUAGUACAUCACCAUCUCAACUCUACUGUCAAUUCUUCUACUACUAUCACUACCUUUACGAAACUAGAACAGAGUACAACAGAACAACUGAUCAUCAGCAACACCACCACACCUUUUACUACUUUUUUCCCCUCUUGUACUACCACCUUAAAUUAACAAGCAAAAAUCCCCUCCUAGUUAUAGCAUCUCCCUCUAUCUUUCGUGCAGAAUAGGCUAGGUAUACAAAACAAUAACCAAAAUCUGAACUUUGUAAACAAACAAAAAAACAACAACAUUCCGCUCCCUAAUUAAGUUGCGCCUCCCCGCGAGAAACAAAGUAUGUCGUGCAUAAUUGGAUUCAUGUACAAAAGUCAUCAAGACAUCCUUGAAAUCCCACGCGGUGGCACACAUAGCUAGGUUAGAAAGAAGUAGCUUGGACAGACACAGUUUCACACCGCCUACUCCUCUUUACUAUCUACAAUAUUAUCCAUUUUCUUUUUCCUAUCUCAGGAACUAUUCACGCAAACGCAACCGAACAUUGCCAGUUAAGAUAUACCUACACCAACUCCGGUCGUAGCAGCCACCUGCUGAUUGGUCUGCAUCCCUCGCGAAUCUUGUAAUCUGGGCGAGCAUCCUACCAAAGCCGGCAACCUUUGUACUACAGUAAAUGUCCACAUUUCAUUCUGUUGUUUUCUUCUUCGGUCAGAUGACGUGUUGGAACGACAGUAUCACUAAGGCAAACUCAGGAUCGUACUGCUCAACUGCCGCUAUAAACAUAUUUAUCCCCCUAAAUUUCUAGUACCAGUCGAGCAAUCAGAUUGUGUAUCCCCGUACAUUUCUCACUGUUAUUAUUCAGAAACAAUUCCUUUACAACAAUAAUGUUACACUUGUUUCAUUGAUGCAUAUUCGCCUGUACACCUUUGAUAGAAUACUUGAACAAAACAGCAUUUAAAAACAAUAGCUGAACCUUUUCGAAUGUCGAAUUAGUUUGUACUACUGGUGCCGAUCUCAGCCUCCAUGCAAAAAUGAGUAUCUAACUCACUGCUUGAAAUCCACCAAAUCUGCUAACAAUAUCCAACUGUCCGACCUUAUUAGGAUAGGCUGGAGAGGAAGAAAUAAUCCGAACUUUGUUCUAAGGACGGUCGUAUCCUUAGACGAACAGGAUUUUUGUCAUAGAACAGCGAAUGUACCAAGAGUAACCAUUGACAUCGACCAACGCAUCAUUUGCAAAAAAUCACUCCCUGACCGAUUGGUUGGCUUCGCCUCGUGUCUUCGAAUUACUCUGAUCAGACCAAGCCAGACAUGGCUAAAUCGUCAGUUCGCACAGGACGUGCAGUACUAGACCAUUGGACCAUUCCUAUCAACCUAUCAAAUAGACAAUGGUUAUCUGCGCUGGCCACGGUUUCACCCCUCACUUCAAUUAAUCGUGCAUUUAUUAUAUGCUAUGCGGCUUGCUAAACGUUCUGAAACUGCAGUAUUCUGCGACUAUUAUACACGGUAAUAAUACAGCCUGUAAUUAAGCGCCGAAUGCGACACAUACACACCCUGGACUAAACCCCGAUUGCUACAUCCCCCUUCGUACAGCGAGAUGUGUUAACCAACUAUCCAACCAAUUCAGUAAUUUAUUUCUUAUAUGUAAGAAAGUUGUCAGGAACAAAACUCUCAAAAGUGUUGAUAAAACGUACGUAGGCAGCAUAUUGUUUUCAUUUGUUCGUUUAAUUUUCUGUUCGUUAGGGAAACUAAUUGAAUGAAAACAAAACUACUAACUAGUUAGUAACCAUUACUUUACUUCCUUUUAUAAAGUGUACUGUUUUUUUUAAUGGUUGAACAAAGCAAAACUUAAAAGAUGAGCAAAGAUGAAACAGAAGUAAGCGAGAGCGUGUGUGAGAGUGGACUAUUGUUUUCUUCUGCAUACGUUUUGAGUAUCAACUAAUACCGUAGGAAAGCAAGUAUGUAAUGCAUUGUUUUACGCGCAGUGAUGGAGAACUGCCCACGCCGUAAUCAGCCGAGAUGAGCAUUGUGAGUCUGUUGAUUUUUUUCUUUUCUUUUUCGUUUAAUCUAAUUGUGAUAUAAAUAGUUUCUUUUGUAUAGUGUAUAUUUUUACAGCGUACCAUGUAAGAGUAUGUAUUUAAGUCAGCAAGAAACUACUAGACUAGCAAAUGAGAAAUGAGAGAAGCUGCGCUUGAGCGCAGACAGCGUUAACGAGAGUGACAGUGGAAAACAAAUUGUCAAAAGGAAAAAUAAAAAAAUGACUGUAGUAGUUAAUUAUUAA